GUCAGAUCGCAUCUCCCUUGUUCUGUCCCCAACUGUCCAUCUGCGAUCUGUAAGGUGGUGGGAGCUGCAGGCGGACUCGGGAGGCCCAGGAACCAGAAAUGGACUCAGUGGCCUUUGAAGAUGUUAAUGUGGAGUUCACCAUGGAGGAGUGGGCUUUCCUGGAUCCGACCUGGAAGAAACUCUACACAGAUGUGAUGCUGGAAACCUUCUGGAACCUGGCAUCAGUAGCAUGUGAUUUAGAAGAACAGUGUGACAACCAUGACAGUGAAGAUCAAUAUGAAAAUAAUGGGAUGAAUUUUAGCAGUCAUGUGGUAGCAAAACUCUGUACAAGGACGGAUGGUAGUCAAUGGAGAGAAAACUUCAGCCAGAUUCCAAAUCAUAAUGAAAAGAAGGAAACUCUUCCUGAAAUGAAACAAACUAAACCCAGGUUGUGUAGGCAAAUGUUUUUGCAUUAUUUAUCAUUGAAUAACCACCUGAGCUCUCACAUUGGACCCACACUGUACCUGUUUCAGGAAUAUGAAGAAAACCCUUAUAAGCGUAAGGAACCUGAGAAAACUUUUAAGCAUCAUCAACGUAUUAGAAGCCAUGAAGGCAGCCCCUGUGGGAAAGCUUUCCACUAUUCAAAUUCCCUUAGAAAUUAUGAAAGAGCAAAUAUUGCUGGGAAUCCGAAUGAGUGUGUGCAAUGUGGGAAAGGUUUUAGUCGUCUCAUUUCCUUUAAACUUCACAAAAACACCCAUACCAGAGAGAAACCACAUCAAAGUAAGCAAUGUGGCAAAGCUCUCAGUUCUCCCAAGUACUCCGGAGAUAAUGAAAGAACACACACUGAAGAAAAGGACUAUCAAUGUCAGAAAUCUGGAAAAGCUUUAAGUUCCACUUCUCUUAGAAAUCAGGAAAGAACAAAUACUGGUGAGAAACCUUAUGAAUGUGGGAACAUCUUCAGUUGGCUCAGCUCUCUUGAAAAAUAUAAAAGAAGUUAUGCUGGAAAGAAGCCUCAUGAAUGUAAGGAAUGUGGUAAAACAUUCCGUCGUCGCUAUGCCCUUAUAAUUCAUCAAAGAAUACAUACCGGGGAAAAGCCAUAUGAAUGUAAGCUUUGUGGUAAAGUUUUCUCUUAUCCAACUUCCCUCCAAAAUCAUAAAAGAACUCAUACCGGGGAAAAACCCUAUGGUUGUAAGCAAUGUGGAAAAGCCUUCAGUUGUCCAAAGUCUUAUCGAGAGCAUCAACGGACACAAUGUGGAGAAAAGCCCUAUGAAUGUAAGCAAUGUGGGAAAGCUUUCAUAUUUUCCACUUCUCUUCGAAAUCAUGAAAGAAUGCAUACUGAGGAGAAACCCUAUAAAUGUAAGCAAUGUGGGAAAAUCUUUAGUUUGUACAGCUCUCUUGGAUAUCAUAAAAGAAUUCAUGAUGGAAAGAAGCCUCAUGAAUGUAAAGAAUGUGGUAAAACAUUCCAUCAUCCUUCUUCCCUUAGAAAUCAUGAAAGAACUCAUACUGGGGAAAAACCCUAUGAAUGUAAGCAUUGUGGCAAAACUUUCUAUUUUCUAUCUGCCCUCCAACGUCAUGAAAGAACUCAUACUCGGGAAAAUCGCUAUGAAUGUAAGCAUUGUGGAAAAGGUUUCUAUUAUCAGUCUUCUCUCCAAGAUCAUGAAAGAUCUCAUACUGGGGAAAAACCCUAUGAAUGUAAGGUUUGUGGUAAAGUUUUCUCUUAUUCAACUUCCCUUCAAUAUCAUGAAAGAAUGCAUAGCGGGGAAAAACCCUAUCAAUGUAAGGAAUGUGGGAAAGCUUUCAUUUCUCCCAGCUCUCUUGGAAAACAUAGAAGAAGUCAUGAUGGAAAGAAGCCUCAUGAAUGUAAGGAAUGUGGUAAAACAUUCUAUGAUCGAUAUUUCCUCCGAUUUCAUGAAAGUAUUCAUACUGGGGAAAAACGUUAUGAAUGUAAACAUUGUGGUAAAGCUUUCUCUUAUCCAUCUUCCCUCCGAAUUCAUGAAAGGGCUCAUAAUAAGGAAAAACCCUAUGCAUGUAAGCAAUGUGGGAAAGCUUUCUUUGCUCUAGAUGCCUUCCAACGUCAUGAAAGAAUGCAUACUGGAGAAAAACCCUAUAAAUGUAAGCAGUGUUGCAAAACUUUCUCUAAUUUAGCUUCCCUCCAACGUCAUGAAAGAACUCAUACUGGGGAAAAACCCUAUGAAUGUCAGCAAUGUGGUAAGACUUUUAGUUUUUCCAAAUCGCUUAGAACUCAUGAAAAAAUACAUAUUGUGGAGAAAUCCUAUGAAUGUAAGCAAUGUGGGAAAGCGUUCAGAUGUUACAAAUAUCUUAGAAUACAUGAAAAAAUUCAUACUGUAGAGAAACCCUAUGAAUGUAAGCAAUGUGGGAAAGCUUUCAGAUGUUCCAAAUAUCUUAGAAAUCAUGAAAGAAUGCAUACUGGGGAGAAAUCAUAUGAAUGUAAGCAAUGUGGGAAAGCUUUCAGUUCUCCCAGUUCUCUUGCAACACAUGAAAGAAAUCAUGAUGGAAAGAAGCCUCAUGAAUGUAAGGAAUGCGGUAAAACUUUUCUUUAUCCUUCUUUCCUUAGAAUUCAUGAAAGAAUGCAUACUGGGGAAAAACCCUAUGAAUGUAACCAUUGUGGUAAAGCUUUCUCUUAUCCAACUUCCCUCCAAUGUCAUGAAAGAACUCAUAAUAAGGAAAAACCCUACGAAUGUAAGCAAUGUGGGAAAGCCUUCAGUUCUGUCAGCUCUCUUGGAAAACAUAAAAGAAGUCAUGAUGGAAAGAACCCUCAUGUAUGUAAGGAAUGUGGUAACACAUUCCAUGAUUUAUAUCACCUCCAACUUUAUGAAAGUAUUCAUACUGGUGAAAAACCUUAUGAAUGUAAUCAUUGUGGUAAAGCUCUGUCUUAUACAACUACCCUCCAAUGUCAUGACAGAAUUCAUAAUGAGGAAAAACCCUAUGAAUAUAAGCAAUGUGAAAAGCCUUUAUUCACCCAGUUUCCUGAAAUAUACCUAAAUACUCAUAAUGGAGACAUUCAUAAUGAAUGAAAAAACACCCACUGAAAAUAACCCCUAUCCUGUAAAGAUUGUAGAAAAGCCUUUGAUAAUCGUAAUAUAUAUAUAUAUAUAUAAUUCACCUUAGGAUAUUUUUCCAUCUAGACAGUGGAAGUCCGAGAGAAAGAUAAAGAGCAAUAUUGAUGUGAGAGAGAAACAUCAAUUGGUUGGCUCCUGUACAUGCCUAGACAUGAAAGCACAGACAGUGGAGAAAAGCUCUAUGAAUGUAAGGAAUGUGGUGAAGGUUUCAGUUUCUCCAAGUCUCUUCAAAAGCAUGGAAGUACACAUACUGUGGGAAAAUCUUAGGAAUGUAAGCAAUGUGGGAAAACUUUCCAUUGUGUCACACAUUUUGGAAGACAUAAGUCAUGAUUGAAAGCAGCCUCAUGAAUAAGGAAUGAGUUAAACCUUUUUGUCACUUCUUUUCUCUUAUAUAUGAAAUGUAUACUGGGAAGAAACCCUAUGAAUGCAAGCAAUGUGGGAGAGCCU